AUGCCCGUCCAGAACUACGGCAUCUGGAAAGCCCACCCAGUGCAAUACACACUGGACCACGCCUACCAAGACCCUCGCACCCCGCACCUCUCGCUAUACUUCACCUCCACCACCCAGAAGCCAACCAAUAACCCUCACGCCCACCACAAACACCCAGACCACAUCCCCAAGCCCACCCCGCAAAUUAAAGACCUCCCGCACCUCCAGCGCGCCGCACUGAACAUCCAAUCCAGCCCGAACGCCGAAUCGCGACUGAUCUACUGGAUCAACGAAACGCUGAACCACCACCACCUCACCGACGCGCUGCCGGCCCUCCCCUACGGCUUCACGCCGAUCGACGCAAUCGACCACGCCGGCCUCGACUACAUCCGCGGCAAUCUGUUCAACGUGCACAGGGGAAGGAUGCUUGAGCCUGCCAGUACCAGCCCCAGCAAGAGCCUCAACAACGACAACAACAACCCCCUUCUCACCACCCUAGAGCCGCACCUCCAACAAGCUAUCGCCCAACACGCCGACCUCUACAUAUUCGGCUCACAAUUCGCGUCCAAAAACGGCAUGCACGACGUGCACAUGAACCAGGGGAACGGGGAAGGAUUCCGGCACGACGACGGGGUAUGGCAGGACGGGGGCCUGAUACUGCACUACCCGGACACGAAUAACUGGGUGGGGGUGUUUAUGGCGUUUGCGUCGCAGGCGGCGCAUACGGAUGACGAGGAGGGACAUGCGCUGUGUACAGAGAGCGGGCGGGCAAGGACGUGGGAGGAUGUGCUUGGGGGGUUAGCGUCUCAGAAGACGAAGAUGAAGAAGCCGGGGCGUGGGCUGGAGGACUCGGUGGCGAUUGUCGGGGUGGAUUUGCAGGCGCAGCGGCCGUAUCGGCUCGGGAAUCGCACGACGCACCCCGUCUCGCUGACCAAUUGGAGUAUCCAUAAUGCGCGCGGCCAGACGCAGGCGCUGCCGCGGGGAGCGGUGCUGGAGCCGCGCUCGUUGAUGGAGUUCGAGUUGCCCAUGUGUCCGCUCUCUGGGGAGGGCGAUACCAUCACUUUGCUGAAUGGGGAGGGGUUGAAGGUGCAUGGUGUUAGUUAUAGUGCGCAGCAGAUCAGGGGGAAGCAUGGUCCGUCCGUCGUGUUUGCUCAAUAG